AGUUGGCAACACUGUAUACAUACAUAAAUUCUGCGGCGGCUGCGGCUACGAAUAAAAGUGCAAAAAAAUUGUAAAUCUUUUUGUUUGUUUGAAAAGUUGCCAAGCGCAGAGAAGAAACGUAUGGAAAACGGCAUGGAGAAUGGUUCAUUGCCUGAUGGAGAUCUAUUGGACGAGGCCAGUGAUAACCGCAGCACCGAUGGCGAUGGCGCUGACGGUGAGGGGAGGCAGCCGACAACAAACACAAACGCUUUGGAUGGCGAUGGUGAUGGUGGCGGAGAAGCUGAGCCCACAGAGGUGGAUGAGCCAACGCCGGCUAUUGAAACUGGUGCAGGUACCAUAGCCACCGAUGAUAGUUUGUGUGAGAAAGAUGUGGACAGUGAUGCACCCGAUGAUGAUAAUUACAACGAAGACAAUGACGACGAGGCAAAGGAUAACUACGAAGGAUUUAAUGGCACUGGACGUACGGUUACAUUGCAAACUCUAAUGGCCGCAAAUGUUCUACAGCCUGGUAAAUCUCUAAUGACCAUUGAAUACUUGGGUCAAAAAUUUGUUGGCGAUCUAUUGUCUGAUGGCAAAAUUAAAUCCCAAGAGACUGAAACCAUAUUUCUAACGCCCAGUGCAUGGGCAAUGCACUGUAAGCGUAUUAUUAAUCCCGAAAAGAAAAGCGGCUGCGGUUGGGCGUCGGUCAAGUAUAAAGGCAAAAAAUUGGAUGCUUAUAAAAAUUCAUAUUUACGUAAAUGCGCCAUGCAUAAAGAAUCCUCGCCCGAGAAUGGUGAUCCUGAUGCCGAUCGUAAAACAGACUCACCGGAGCCUUUAGUAAAACGUUCCGUUUUUGCCCAUAAUACUAUACCCAAUCGUAAUGUUAUUCACGAUGCCAAUAUGCUUAUUGAGGCAGUCCCCUUUACUUCGGUUGGUAAACUUCAACCAUUCCUAAUUACGGUCACCUCGUCGGCACUUUUAUUGGCGGAUUUCCAUAGCCAUUUGACAAUGCGUGAAGUGUGUGGCUAUUUGGGUGGCACCUGGGACAUGAACACACAUACACUCACAAUCACAAAGACAUAUCCAUGUCGGAAUACACGUUUUGAUCGUAAACGUGCCGGAGAAGUGGAGCGUGAGAUACAAAAAGCCAUGAUACAGGAUCAACUUUUAUUAGUUGGCUGGUAUCAUUCGCAUCCCAAAUUCCAGGCAGAGCCUACACUACGAGAUUGUGACUCACAAUUGGACUAUCAGAUACGGAUGCGUGGCGUUAGUGAUCUUACGUAUACGCCAUGUGUUUCACUCAUUUUAUCUCCCUAUUAUGAUGAGAAUCCAACAUUGGAAUCGGUUAUCAAGUGCAUUUGGAUUGUUCCGCCCAAUGAGAAUAAGCAAUCUGUGGAGUAUGGCCGACCGAUGUUGAUGCAGUAUUCUGUUUUACCCGAUAAGGAAAUACCCGAAGAUGUGCGCACUGAAAUACAAUUAUGUGUCGAUUACUAUACUCAAUAUCGUGGCGAAAUUGUGAAAUUUCGUAAUAUUUACAAUAACGAUGUGACGUACAAUGAGAAAUUGAAAAACACUUUGUACCCAAAGUUCCCAUCCAAACAAAGUGAUAAGGCUCUUUGGAAUUGGAUAUGCGCUGUAUUGGAUUGUGAGCAGGAGGACGAUUUCAUUCCACCCAAGACUAUCAAAAUUAUCGAUAAUGACGAUGAUUUGCUGGUGAAAGUAGAGGAUCAGCAGCAGCCUCCACCUCAAACACUGGGUGAUGCUAACGUUGGCGAUGUUAAACUCGAAAUGGCCAAAGAAGAACUGUGCCUGGGUGUUAACAUGAUGGAUGAUGCAGCGCGAAAGUUAGAAGAGGAAACCUCAGAGCUUCAGGCUGAACAAAAAGCUAGUGAGCUAAAAGUAAUGUCCCUGCAGGAACAACUUUGUAUGCCUUCCGGUCUCAAUAUGAAUCCAGUGCGAAUGCUAUCACCGUUGGCGACUCCAAAUCCCACGAAUCAUCCAACUGUAUUGCCAAAUCUUCAUCCUCCAGCUGCAACGGUAACCGCUGCCGGUGGUCAACUGUUGCCUCCACAGACGCCAGGCCAACCAGUAUGUGGCGGCGGCACAGUAAAUGUCGUACCGACAACCACACUAACUUCCUCGCCCCGGGAUAGCCCCAUAACCAUACAAUCAAACUCAGCCAGCCCUGCCAAAUUUGAGGUGCCGGUUCGAGCUUCACCGUCGCCUGCUAAAUCGGACACCUCUUCGCACACAUCCACAUCUCGCACACGAAUCUCUCCUGCCCCCAGUCCGGGUAAAUUCAGUGUCAGCGACAUUGCCCGUAACAGUCCGAGCAUAACACCAACAGCCACAGGACUUGGCAUAGUUCCAACAGCAGCGGCUUGCCUACCCACAGCCAAUGAUUUGAUGGCAGCCAGUUUGGCCCAAUUGGCAGGACAAUUGCCACCUAAUUUUCUACAGGCCGAUCUGUCUGCUCUGUUUCAACAGCAACGUAAGGAUUAUGGCAGCUCGUCACUCAAUCAAUUGGCCGCAGCGGCUGCCAAAGUGGGAGGACCUAAACAACAGUCUGGUCAUGGUGUUGGUGGUGGCAAUUCUGUACCGACUGCCGCAACGCUGGGUAAUCUAAGCGAUCCGAAUGUGGCUGCUGCAGUGGCUGCCUAUUCAAACAGUUUCAAUAUGCCGCUAACUGCCACAUCCGUGGCUGGUGGUAGCAAUAAUAACAAUAAUAGCCACAGCAAUCCCAGUAAAUCGAAAUCGGAACGGAAUUCCAAAUCAUCAUCAUCCUCGUCAUCGUCUUCGAAUUCGAGUUCAUCUUCCAAUUCGUACAAGACAAAACUAAUGAAGGAACUGGAUGAACUAAAGAAUGAUCCAUUGAAAAUGAGUGAACUUAUACGAUCCCCGGAAUAUGCCGCUCUCUUGCUACAACAGGCCGAGGCUUUGGGUGCCACAACUUUGGGCACCUUGGGUUUUGGUUCCACCGAUUAUAGUUAUCUCACGGGGGCGGGUGUUGGUCUUGGACCAAAUGUGCCAACGGCCACUAAUCAGGCAACAUCGAACUCAUCAUCAUCGGGAUCUGGAAAGUCCCUAAAAUCAUCUGGCCAGUCAUCGGCAUCGGCGGCGGCAGCAGCUGCACUGAGUGCCGACUAUAAUAAUUUGAUACAAGCGUCCAAGCUGCUCGGCUACGAUUCCUAUAUGCAACAGCAGAGUAAGCAGAACACAGAUCUUAAUGUGUUUUUGCAGCAACAAAUGGCAGCAGUUGCGGCCGCUUCCAUACCUCCAACACCAGUGGCAAGUAGCUCCACCUCGACCAGCAGCAGCAGCUCCAAGAAGCAACAGCAGCAGCAGCAACAACAACAACAGCAACAACAACAACAAUCGGCUGCCGAUUAUACAGCUCUCUUGCAGACUUACACUAAACUAUUUGAUCCGAAUAAUCAAUUUGCUGCCGCAAUGGCCUCAUCAAAUAAACACAUGGCCGGUGGUGGCCACAAUGAACUAUCCGCCUUAUUAGCCACUGGAGCGGGCAUUGGCGGAGGCGGCGGCAGCUCAAAACAGAAACAAAAAGACAUUCAAAGCGACAUGCUUAAUCAAUUGUUGCAGCUUGAAAAGCAAGAUACCGAAAUCAAGGCCUUGUUGUAUCGUCAGAAUAAAGCUGCCGCAGAUUUGGAUGCCUUGUUUGCCACACCAUCGGGAGCUGCAGCUGCAGCUGCUGCCGCUGCAGUGGCCAGCUCACAGAAAUCACCUGCUUCAGGUGGUGGUGGUGGUGGGUCUGGUGUCGGUGGUCAAGCAUCUGGUUUAGCUUCACCCUCUUCGUUGGCCAAUCCUGCUGCGUACUAUAAUGCAUUGGCCCAGGAGAAAAUUCAAGACUAUGCGGCAUUUUUCCAACAACAACAUCAGCAUGGCAAAUAUGGGAUACCCGAUCCACUUUCGAAGACAACUCUAGCCGCAAAUAAUAUGUUUAUGACACCGUCGGCGCUGUUCAAGAUCCAGCAGGAUUCACUGUCAGCCAUGAUGAUGAAACCACCCAAAUCGACAACGCCUUCAUCGGCGCGUACCAGAGAAUCAUCGGCAUCACCCGCUUUGGAGCGACUAACGCCAACGAAGUCAGCUAGCAGUGGAGGCGGCGGUGGCGGCGGCGGCGGUGGCAAUUCAAACUCUGGAGGAGCAAGCAAAUAUAAUUUUAGUGCCGUCGAUUUGGCCAUAUCAAGUGUACCCUCUAAUACGCCAUCACCUUCGCCCUCCGAUGGCAGCAGCGGAUCGUCACAUCGGCGACCGUCCCCCGAUUUGAGCCGUUUGUAUGGUGAAUUGGCACCACCAGGUGGACUUCUUGGCACUGGAAUGCCAAAGAAACGUAUGGAAUUUGCAUCCGUUGCUGAUUUGGCAGCACCGCCACCGGCUAAGAUGCCCAAAAAUAGUAUAGGCGAUGAUAUACUUAAUUUAUCGCAUGAUUAGAGAACGCAAGCGACUGGAGAAGUAGCCUUCUAUGCCACAUAUAACAUAACAUUCAUUCGUUCAGUCGAUGAGAAUUUUUGUGUUAAGAUAUUAGAGAUAUAGUUAUCAACCACCAACAAUAACAACAACAACAAAAACCACAAAUCUUGACUUGGACUCUAUAAUUUAAGUAUUUUAUUCUAAGUACUUUCUAAUAGAGAUUGCAUUGCAGUGUUUGUGUGUGUGUGAGUAGUUUUUUGUUUACAUUCAGUUUUAUAUUUUUUAAUGGAUAUUUCGAAUAUAAAAGUAAAUAAGUACAUUUCGAUUGCAAAAAACUAGACAAACUGCAAACAAAAAUUUUCAAAUGUCUUCACUUUAAUCCAGUAAUCGUUUAUCAUCAUACACACAGGAUUAUAUAUUCUCCUAAACGCCACAAAACAAUUUGCUAAUCCUAGGAGUGAAACUGGAUUUUUACUCAUGUGCGCUUUAUAUCCUUAAACGUAUUAUUUUCUAAGAAAUUAUCUAGAUUUAAUGAACUGCACAAAAGUACUUUAAGAA